AUGGGCAAAGUCGGUCGUAUCGCGUGUAUCUUCACGCCCUAUGUGCUCACCGUCGCCUCGUUGAUCUGCCUGAUCUUCGUCGGCAUCGGCUGCACCGCUUCCAAUUCCAGCACCAAGACGAACCUGUACUUCUUCAGGAUCAACACCGAGAACAUCACUACCUCAUCCAAAACAACACAGGAGAUCCAAACCAUCCUGGAGGACACCCACCUCGAGAAUGAGAUCAGUGUCCAGCAGGUGCAGAACUUUGUCGACGCCGUCAAGAAGGAUGUCAACCUGAAGGACUUCUACGACAUCGGUCUCUGGGGCUACUGCGACGGCAGCAUCAAGAACGGCGAUGAGUUCGACAGCACCUUCUGCUCCAAGCCCAAGGCCGAGUUCUACUUCAACCCACUCGACGUCUGGGACAUCGACACCGAAGCGAUGAGGGAUGAGCUGCCCAGCGCGUACAACAAGGGCAUGAAGGUCUACAAGGCCGUGUCCAAGUGGAUGUUCAUCGCGUACAUCAUCGCCUUCAUCGCGACCUGCCUCGAGCUUAUCCUCGCCGGCUUCGCCAUCUGCAGCCGCUGGGGAAGUUGCGUGGUCUUCCUUUUCUCGACCGCCGCCUGCCUGUUCACCGUCGCCGCCUCUGCCACCUCGACCGCCUUGUUCGUCAUCCUCAAGGGUGUUGUCGAGGGCAAUCUCAAGGCCUACGGCGUCACCGGUAACCUGGGCACGAACAUUUACGCCGCCACCUGGCUCGCCGCGGCUUUCGCUAUCGCCGCCAACAUCUUCUGGCUGUUCUCCGUCUGCUGCUGCUCCGGUCGCUCGCCCUACCACCACAAGAACCGUGGCAACCGUAUCAUGGCCGAGAAAGCCCCGCACCACUAUGAGCCUGUCGGCCCUCAGGGCCACCACUCUUACGAGCCGUAUCGCACCUAA